AUGGUGGAGUCAGAUAGCUCUCUUAAUAAGGCGAGCAGUGCCGUCGCCUCACGCAGAUCCCAUCGAAAAUCGCGAAAUGGGUGUCAAGUUUGCAAAAAGAGGCACUUGAAGUGUGAUGAGAUGAAGCCUCAGUGCUUGAACUGUGCCAAUCACUCUGUGAAGUGUUUCUAUGUUUUACCAACGAACAAUUCCAAAAAGGCAGAUGCUGCAUCCAGAGAAGCAGCAAGACAAAAUCACCUAGCGGCCAGAGGCUCCACAGUGCAGUUUGUUGAAUCAGAGUAUCAAAAUGCUUUUUCUGUCCCAUCUGUCAAACCGGAGCUUACACGGAAAAUGAAAAAGCCCGUAGCAGCGCUCGGGUCACCUUCUAUCGAUCCGAUAUAUUGUCUUGAAGACUUUGAACUACAGCACUAUUUCUUGUCAUACACUUGUUUCACUCUUAUGGAAGACAAAGAAAGUCUCCGUUUUUGGCAAUCACAGGUACCUCGCGUAGGAUACAAAAAUCCUUUGGUGCACCAUCUAAUGCUAGCACUGACAUGUUUCCAUAUGUCCCGGAGUGAUGAACAUGAUCAGAGCCACUGCAUUUCACGGGUUGAUUAUCACUAUGGCACUGGGUUGCGGUAUUUGUCGACUUGUCUGCAGAACAUGACCGCUCAAAAUUCCGAAGCCAUCUGGAUCGGUUCAGUCCUUGUAUGCUUUAUCAGCAUGGCAAGAGGGCCACAGGAAAUGAAUUUCUUGUUUUUCGGAGGCGAUAGUCCGGUAGAAUGGAUCCGCCUUCUACAAGGGGUCAACGUGAUCUCGACUAUGAUUCAAAGGGGGCGGACAAAUGUCCCUGAACCUCCAGAUGAGGACCGUUCAUCAGCUUCUCGUCGAAAAACUCUCGCAUAUCGAGAGGGGAUGUCCAGGAUACGUCGUUUGGUUGAAAAAAAGGCAGCUGCGGAUCCUCUUAUCGAUACAUAUCGACUCGCAGCCAAAGGCCUCCUGCAAGCAUUCGAUUCGGCUUUUUAUGAUGACACUUACGCCAAGCAUGACGAGUCUUCUCGCAGACCAGAGCCAUUCGGGUUUGUAUUGUUUAUGUGGGUAAGUACAGUCGAGCAGGGAUUUUGGGAUGCAUUGCAGCGGAAAGAGGCGUUACCUUUGAUUAUUUUAGCUCAUUUUGGUGUACUCAUGCAUCAUAUGAGCAACGCAUGGUUUUCACAAAGGUGGCCAGAACAUAUCUUGCGUGGUAUAUGCAUGUUUCUUCCAAAGGAGGACCGCGAAUUGAUUCAAUGGCCGCUUGAUCAAAUUCAAAUAUCAAUCUUGUGA